AGACCAGGUCCAGAUGCUGAGGAGCGCAGACGCGUCUGAUGCGCAACAGAAGACGGAGACGCUCCACGGUGCCGCCGCUGGCAGCAGAGAGUUGAUGCCGCACAGAAAGCUGUUCAGCUGUGGAAUAUUGAUUUCUAACCUCAUAGAUUUAAAGUGAUGUUCAAAAGUAAAGCGGUGGGUUUGAUAUAAAGUGGAAAACCUUGAGUGAAACCCAGCAGGAGCGCUCAUGGAGACGCGCCUGGAGCCGGUGGUGUGAAGGAAGGAAAAAAACAGAUCAUGAACUUGUCAGAGCCCGUGUGGCUCCUUGGAGAGCAGUGGAACCUCACCGACCUGGAAGAGGAUGGAGAUAAUAAACGUUUAUUCGGGAUCGGCACGGAUAACUUCAUCACGCUGCUGGUGUUUUUGCUGAUCUUCACACUGGGCGUGCUGGGUAACUCCAUGGUGAUCACCGUGCUCGCCCGGAGUAAGCCCGGCAAGCCGCGCAGCACCACCAACAUCUUCAUCCUCAACCUGAGCAUCGCUGAUCUCUCCUACCUGCUCUUCUGCAUCCCCUUCCAGUCCACCAUCUACAUGAUGAACACCUGGGUCUUGGGAGCCUUCAUCUGCAAAUUCAUCCACUACUUCUUCACUGUGUCCAUGCUCGUGAGCAUCUUCACCCUCUCUGCCAUGUCCGUGGACCGGUACAUCGCCAUCGUGCACUCCAGAAAGUCCUCCUCCAUCCGCGUGGCGAGGCACGCUCUGAUCGGCGUGGUGGUGAUCUGGAUCCUCUCCCUGGCCAUGGCAGCACCCAUCAUGCACUACCAGAACCUCUUCCAUGGAGUGAAUAACGAAACUUUCUGCUGGGAAGUGUGGCCGGAUCAGAGCCAGAAAAAGGUCUACGUGGUGUGCACUUUUGUUUUUGGUUACGUCUUGCCUCUUCUCCUCAUUUCCUUCUGUUACGCAAAGGUGAUUAAUCACUUGCACAAAAAAUUAAGAAAUAUGUCCAAAAAGUCUGAGGCUUCAAAGAAAAAGACUGCUCAGACCGUGCUGGUGGUGGUGGUGGUGUUCUGCUUGUCCUGGCUCCCUCAUCACGUCGUUCAUCUCUGGGUGGAGUUCGGGACCUUUCCGCUGACCCAGGCCUCCUUCGUGUUUCGGGUGGCCGCACACUGCCUGGCGUACAGCAACUCCUCCGUGAACCCUGUCAUCUACGCCUUCUUGUCAGAGAACUUCAGGAAGGCUUACAAGCAAGUCUUUAAAUGCCAGAUUGGCAACGGCGACUGUCCCCUCAACGACAUCAAGGAGAUCCGCAGCAAGGCAGAUACUCCGCCGUCGACUAACUGCACCAACGUUUGACCAGUUUUGCCUGGUGACAUGAACGUUUUAUCGAGCCAGUACACUGAAACUCACUAUAAGUCACUUUGACUAAGUCAUCAGACAUGAGUUGGUGUGUGCUCUGAUCCGGAUGAGUAUUACCAGUGAUCAUGAUAUUGGUCUCAAGAAAAGUCUGCAGUGUCUAAAACUCAAGAGAAGAGUUAGUAAGAAAGGCAGAUAAUCGAGUAUCACAUCAUAAUGCAUUUCUGUUGUUAUAACAUUCAAAGAUAAGGUCAAUUAACCCCCUGACUUCAUUAGUAUCAAUGUAAGUAGCACAAUUUUUGCUUCACAGAAAUAUAAGGAUCGAGUUUCAAAUGCUUUGAUGUGUCUGAAGAGCAAACACUUUUUUUUCAUACAAUUUAUACAGUAGAACUGCUUUAUCCCAGCAUGUUUUAAUUACUGGUUGUAGUAUUGUCAAGUUAAACGUAUUUAUGUAUAUUGGUAAAACAGAGGCAAUGUUCUAAAAUUCUCUCCUGCAUGUUUAAGAUAUCAGAGAAUCUUUGUUUCUUUUUAAAAAAAAAAAAGCAAAAAAAAAAAAAUACAGUUACAGCAUUCAGAAACUUAAAAUGGCAGAAAAACAUAAUCUGUCGCUAAAAAUUCUGCUGGGUUUGUUGUUUCCUUGAAGCUGUAAAUUGCAUUUAUAUUGCACUUCUGAGUCGCCAUAGUGGGGGGUGAAUAUUAUGGUUAGCUACCAAGACAAUGACUUUUGUUUCUGAAAGAUAUGAAGUAAAUCUACAUUUCUGUUGUUUCAAAAAGCUGUCUUUUUCCUCUCUUUUUAGUUGCAUGGAAAUGUCCAAAUCUAGUUUCUGAACAACAAACAAUAAUAAUUGGUUUCAUUAUAUUGACAUUUGGUUUAAACGGAUGUUUAAGUUUUUUAAACUUGGACACCCUUUACUACAAAGAUUGACCAAAACCCUUAUCUUCGUUUUCAUUCAGCAAUUCAGCUUGUUUGAACUGCAAACAAAAGCAACAGGGCACGAGGUUCAUUUAACUCAUGGUCUUUGUUUAGGUGUAAAAAAAUUAAAUCAUAAAAAUCAUAACAAAAUGUUAGCUGAUUAUAAAACCAGCCCUCCCUUAGCUACAAAUGACUCUGUAUUGGAUGACAUGGAUUGUGUUAGGUAUAAGCUUGUGUGAAACUCAGUGUGACAUCAAUGCAUUUUGAUUAACAGUGCUGCUCAAAGCUUGAGAGUAUUUUUUCGUAUUUUAACUAUUCUAUUUGCAAGUUUUUGAAAAAACAACCUACCAUAUUAAAAAAGGCAUUUCUUUGGACCCAUAUCCACACACAUCUCACCUGUGGUUCUUUUGCACAAAUGGAAAUGCUGCAGGUCAGCGAAAUAUGUGUUUUUAAAAUCCUUUUCAAAUUAAAUAGCUUCUAAAGGACAACCACAGCAAUAAAAUUCACUACAUUGUUUGUGUUUGCACAUCUGAUUGAGAAAGAGGCGCGUCUGGCAUUGGCUCAUACAUACAAAACAACAGCAGUUUUUAGUUGGGUAUGUGUCAAGGCAUUUCAUCAUGAAGCCACCCUAGAGCAUGGAUUUAAACUUUCCACUCUUGGAGCAAAUUUUUGUUAUUGCCAUUUUUUUGCAGUUUCACUCGGACAAGGCCCCCAUCUAACCGAGAAAUUUGUCUGAUACACCCAAACUGGCUUCGUCUGGACGGGUAAAAGCGGCCUUGGUGAUAGUCAUUAUACAUCGACAUACCAUGUGUAAUUUGUAAUUACGUCCACCAAGGAGGAUAUGAUCUUAGCCAAGUUUGUGUGAUUAUCUCCCUGUGUACAGGAUAGGCUUAAAAGUUAUGAACGGACUUAAAUGAACUUUUUAUCCAAGCUGCAUCCCAGUCCAUGGAGCAGUUUAUUAAAAACUGGCGAUGAUCCACAUUCCUAUCUUGAUGCAGGAAGUUUUUAAAUAAUUCUUUUACAUUAUUUGGCAGAAUAAGCAGUUCAAAUUCAAUUUAGUUUAUUUAUAUAGCGCCAAUUCAGAACAUACAGUGUUUAACUCAAUGUAUUUUAUAACGACAAUUUAUCCAGCUCAUACAGUCGGAUUGGUUCAAAGUUUUUUAUUAAAGAAAAUCAGAUUAUUGCAUUGACUCGUUGACUCAUCAGCAAUCCUUUACACCAAGCAUGCCUGUAGUAACAUUGGAGAGGAAAACUCCCUUUUAACAGAAAGGAACCUCCAGCAGAACCAGGCUCAGUGUGAGUGGCAGUCUGUCGAGGCCGGCUGGGGUUCAAGGAGACAGAAGCAGAGAUACAAAAGGCAACUGUUAACUAGCUCCAAAGGCGGGCUUGUCCAAGACACAGCCAGGGAGAUGAGCUCUGAGGUAGCUACCAUAUGAGAGGGUUAAAUGUAGUUAUAAAAACAAUCAUAGUCAGAGAAACAGGACUAAAAUUAAAGCAGGCAAAGCUCCAACAUCUAUAAAAAAAAGGUGUUCAUGGCAGCAACACAGCUGAUUUUUCUCUUGGGGAUGGUGUCAAUAGGAGCAGACCAGAUGAAGCUACAAUGAUCUAAAAAAGCAGAAAGAGCUUAAAGAUGGAAGUUGAACAAAUACUGAAAAGUAGAGAAGGAAUGAGGAAAAGUUGUCCCUAUGUCCUCCAGCAGUCUAAACCUAUAGCAGCAUAACUAUAGAGAUAGCUUAGGAAACCCUGAGCCUCUCUUACUAUAAGUUUUAUAAAAAAUGAAUGUUUUAAGCCUUAUCUUAAAAGUAGAUAGAGUGUCUGGCUUACUGACUAAAACUGGUAGCUGGUUCCACAGGCGAGGUGCCUGAUAACUAAAAUAUCUGCCUCCCAUUCUGCUUUUAGAAAUUCUAGUUCCCCCCUUAAGCACAGAGUGGUGGCAGUGACUAUUUACCGCAUUGGACUCAAAAAAGAAUUAUACUGAAGACAAAAACGUGAGCCAUGCCUCGCUCGAAGUCUUGAUCUACUGAUAAAAAAAAGAAAGCAGAGUACAAACUGAAUGAAGGAGGUGAGAGCAGAACAUUUGAUAAUGAUCCAGAUCAUGUGCGAGUUUUAGCUAUAGGUGUAAGUCACAAUAUGGAGCCAAACUUGCUGUUUUGCAGAGGUCUGUGCUCUCAGAGUGCUUUUCAAGUUUUUUAAUACGUAAAUGAGUUCUGCCCCCAUGCACACCAAACAUCUGUCUCAACAUAUUGCACAAUAUUUAAAGCAUUA